AUGGCGGCCGAAGCUCAUCCAGCGGACGUGUCGCCACAGCUACGCAAGAAGGUCUUGCGAGUGCUGGUGAUAUCCCUUGUGCUCGAUCUGAUAUCCUUCACCUUCAUCCUGCCGCUCUUCCCAAAGCUACUCGAGUUCUACCGCGCCAUCGAAGUCAAAUCCGAUUCCACCGCCCUCUCGCAAGUCCUCUACGCGCUGAACGCAUACAAGAACAGCUUCAAGAAGCCUAUAAGCGAUCGAUAUGACAUUGUUCUCCUGGGAGGAGCGCUCGGCUCGCUCUUCUCAUUGUGUCAAGCGAUAGCCUCGCCAUUCAUUGGAACGCUGUCGGACAAGUAUGGCAGGAGAACAGCUCUGCUCUGGUCGAUGCUUGGCAACAUUGCCUCCGUUGCGCUGUGGUGCGCAGCAACAGACUUCAGGACAUUCCUCGCAAGCCGCAUAGUGGGAGGCCUGAGCGAAGGCAAUGUGCAGCUUGCCCUCGCCAUAGCUACGGACAUUAGCACCGAAGAAACUCGUGGCAAGACUAUGGCUCUGGUUGGCGCAUGCUUCUCAAUCGCUUUCACGUUCGGUCCAGCUCUGGGCGCCUACCUUUCUACCAUCACCACUGUCGCCGCCAACCCGUUCGCCACCGCCGCCGGUGUAUCACUCGCUUUGAUCGUAACCGAGACCCUCUACCUCUAUUUCUCGCUCCCGGAGACGCAUCCCUCCCGACAGCCAAAGCAGAAUGGCGUGGCACUAAAGAACAACAAUGCGAUCGAGAAGAAGGAGAGGACGAACUCGCACACCCUGCUGAAUCUGACCCACUUCACCUUUAUCCUCUUCUUCUCGGGAAUGGAGUUCUCUCUGCCAUUCAUGACUUACGAGCUAUUCGCGUACGGCAGCAAGGAGACCGGUCGUCUGCUAGGCUUCAUUGGACUGGUAGCUUCGAUUCUCCAAGGAGGCGUGACCCGGCGGAUGCACCCACUUCGCGUGGUACAAUUGGGCGUUGUGGCCUGCGCCAUUGGCUUCUUUGCCCUUUCAAAGAUCACGACUGAGCGCGGACUGUACUUCGCCGCGGCCAUGCUCGCGGUGACAAGCAGUACUGUUGUCACGGGAUUGAACAGCUUGAGCAGCUUUGAAGCAAGCGCGGAUGAAAGAGGCGAGAAACUAGGACACCACAGGAGCUUUGGACAAGUCGGAAGAGCUCUUGGACCUUUGAUCUUCUGCUCGCUGUACUGGUGGGCAGGCCGAGAUCUUGCCUAUCUCAUCGGUGGUUCAGGCAUGGUUGCUGUAUGCGGACUUGUCUUUGGAGGGCUGAAGCCGCCAAAAGGGCUGGUCGUCAAGACCAAGAAAGCAACGGCCACAAACGGCAGCAUCAAGAAAGCAGCCUAG